CGUCCGUACACCUUCUGAGACCCUUCACCUUCCCUCCCCCUCGUAAGAUCAACUAUCAUAUUCUCUCCUUCCGUCUCGAUCUCUCUGCUCAACUCUAUUUCUCGAGAAAAAGGAUUUUCCUGUCGGAGAGAGAGGGGAGUGAUAGGAAGAAAUGGAUGAUAGCUGUGCCGUCUGCGCAGACAAUCUCGAGUGGGUUGCGUAUGGAUCUUGCGGUCACCGUGAGGUUUGCACCACAUGCGUCGUUCGUCUCCGUUUCAUCUGCGGUGAUCGCCGCUGCUGUAUCUGCAAAACCGAGUCCCCUUUCAUCUUCGUCACCAAGGCUUUGGGUGACUAUACUCGGACGAUCAACGACUUCUCCACAUUUCCAUCAGAGCGGAAGGAUGGCAGGAUAGGAUCUUUCUGGUAUCAUGAAGACACUCAAGCUUUCUUUGACGACUUGGACCAGUUCAUGAUGAUCAAGGCAAUGUGCAGACUCUCUUGCAGUGUUUGCGACAAAGCAGAGAGACAAUCAAAGGAAGGGCCGAAGCAUCAUGUUCGGUUUAAGAGCGUGGAACAGUUGAAGGGUCAUUUAUACCAUCGCCAUGAACUUCAUAUGUGUAGUUUAUGCCUCGAAGGGCGGAAGGUAUUUAUUUGUGAACAAAAGCUGUAUACCAGAGCACAACUGGACCAGCACAUUAGCACGGGGGAUUCGGAAGUUGAUGGAAAUGAGAACGAAAGAGGGGGAUUCACUGGUCAUCCUAUGUGUGAAUUCUGUAGGAACCCGUUUUAUGGUGAUAAUGAACUAUAUACACACAUGUCUACAGAGCACUACACAUGUCAUAUAUGCCAAAGGGUGCAUCCGGGAAAAUAUGAAUACUACAGAAACUACGAGCACUUGGAGAUGCAUUUCCGCGGAGACCAUUUCCUAUGUGAGGAUGAUUCCUGCCUUGUUAAGAAGUUUAUCGUCUUCCAUAAUGAAGCGGAAUUAAAAAGGCAUAAUACUGUUGAACAUGGAGGUAAAAUGUCCAGGUCUCAGCGAAGUGCUGCAUUACAGAUACCAACUAGCUUUCGGUACCACAGAGGAAGUGAACGAGAAAAUCGUCAUGAGCCUUCUGGUGAUGAUGAUGAUUUUGUUGCAGCCAUUCAGGCUAGCAUGGUGACUUCCAGAGCCGAGAGUGCAAGGUUAGUACAGACAGCAUCCUCUAAUGCACCUGGUUUCUCCGAGUAUUCAGCCACUGGAAAUGUUCAUCCUCUCACUCAACCAUUUGAAACUCUUGGAGAAUCUUCAUUUCCUCCUCUCUCUGUGCAAGCAAGCAAUGGUCAAUCGAGAUCCGGACAGAACUUGGGGAGUUUGCCCAAUAACACCAUGGCUGCUCGUCUGAGACAUCAAAAAAAUAGAAGCAGUACAACGACUAGUCCUUCUCCAGCUUGGCCUGCAAGAAAUGGCCAUGGCCCAGUGCUAGCAUCUAGUACAAUAGCUGGGAAUUCUGCUGCUGCUUGGCCUGCGGUAUGUCAUGGGCGUCUACAAUCUUCUACAUCUAGGCUGCCUGCAAUUUCACGGGAUGCCGAUAGUGGCCACAUAUCUGUUCGGGGAAACUCGUCAGGUUCCACACGGAAUUCAGGCAAUAUGAAUAGGAUUACCCACUUUUCCUCAGCACUUAAUCUUUCUGAAACGAGGCUAUUACUAAAGCCUUCUGAUUCUUAUUUCCCUCCAGUUGCUGCUGCCCAAAAUCGCAAGCCAUCUACCAAUUCACAAGCAUCAAACACCUCGGCACCCUCUAGGGACAGAGAUGUAAAGUAUGCCAACAAGUCUUUGGUCGAAAAAAUACGUGCUUGCCUUGGUCAUGAUGAAGACCUAUAUGUGUCAUUCAAGGACAUAUCAGGGCAGUAUCGGCACGGUUUGGUGGAUGCAGAAACUUACUUGGACUAUGUGAAGGGCUUUGGCUUGUCUGAUUUAGUUCUUGAUUUGGCUAGAUUGUGCCCUGACCCUAAAAAGCAGAAAGAGCUCAUCGAUACCCACAAUUCCGUUUUGAGAGGAGUCGAACCGCGGGAGAAUGGUGGAUGGGCGAAAGAUAAAGGGAAAGGUGUGAAGGUUGAAAGCAGUAGCAACUCGAGGGAUGGGGUAUUAGCCGAUAGCUUUGUGGACUUGGUCAGGAGGUUGCAGUCUUCUUACAGACCUCAGGACGAAGAUGCAGAAGAGCCGAUAUCCAAAGACGAGGAUAACUACGGCCCGGGGAAAUCCGAAAGCCAGAAGGAUACCUCGUCAAGGGGAUUAAAAAAGAGCAAGCAGAGGAAGAAGAAGACGUCGAAAUUUCACAGAGUAAGGCUAGGUGAGGGAUCAAAGGCUGCAUUACUCGAUCUAAGGAAUUCGGACAGGGGGGCUGAACCAGAGUCAAAGGAAGACAACUCCAACAGAAAUGGCACACAGAACCCUCCUACUGGCGGGGUUUGGCGGAAAGGGGAGGUUUAAAAUUCUUCACCUGAACUCUUCCAAUGUUUAAGCUGUAUUGCUUUCACGUUGAUAUUAGACUGCAGAAAUUUUGCAAUGGCAUUUUGUGGCCACUUGUCUUUCUUUUGAAAAAAAAAAAAAUUGGUAGCAGACCGAGUUUACAGACGGAAGCAGAGGAAACCAUUUUUUUUUUUGUCUU